AGCUCAUCAAGCAUAAAUCCGCCGGAUUGUGGCUGGCCUUGCAAUUCUGGCCCUGGUUUGAAUCUACAACUCUAUCCUUAUCGCCCGGACGAGGCUUCAAAUCCGGACAUCUUAUGGAUGUCUGCACCAGCUCACACUUCUCCGUUCAGCCACCGGAGCAUGCGCCCCCACCAGCCUUAGCCAUGGACAUUGACCAGGCUGAGCCUGCGCCGACGCAGGAUAUGGCCAUCAAGAGAGAGACCAGCGACGGCGUAGACAGCGAUCCCCGCAUGUCGCAAAUCCCAGAAACUGCAAACAAUGGCUCUCUUGGCCCACGCUCAUCACAACCACGCUCCAUUUCUCAGGCCGAUGGCACCCUGGACGACAGGCCGGAUGCGAUGCUGGGGCCCGCAUCCAGGGCCAUCAGCAAAAAAGGCACGGCCAAGCUCAUCAAGAAGACUUCCCGCAAGACCACCGGCGGUGGGACCCGCGGCGGUCGGAAAUCGCGCGGCGGCAGCAAAUCUGGUGCAUCUCGGGCCAGGAAGACCACCACGGCCACCACCGCGGCUUCUCAAGCCUCGGCCUCAUCGCCCACAGGGGGCGCCCUUGCGUCUAGUGACGCUGGGGGCAGCGACGACGAGGAGUCGGACCAUGGCCCUUACUGCAUCUGCCGGGGGCCAGACGACCACAGGUGGAUGAUUAGCUGCGACAUGUGUGAUGACUGGUUUCACGGCGAGUGCGUCAACAUCGAUAAGACGAUAGGCGAGGCCCUGAUCCAGCGUUACGUGUGUCCCGGCUGCACGGACAGGCAGGGCAUCAACGUCACCAGGUACAAGAAGACGUGCAGUCUCGAGGGCUGUUGGAGGCCAGCAAGGAUAUACGACGAAAUACGUCGCGAUGCCGAUUACAGCGUCUUCUGUAGCGACAAGCAUGCCGAGGAGUGGUGGGAGCAGCUGGUCAGGUCACUGCCCGAGAACCGCAGUUUAAAAGCCAAGGAGGCAGACCUCACGAGGGAGAAAUUCAUGGGACUGUUGAACGUGUCGCACAAGUCUGUUCAGGGCGAAGAGCCAUGGCAUCUUGGCAAGAAGCCAUUCGCCGUACCCAGUGAGUUCUGGUCACAUGUCGACCAGACGCUCGUUUUCACGCCAGAGGAGCGAUCUUUUCUCGCUGCAUCCGCCGCGGACCGCUACGCGCUGGCUGAGGAGAUCGUACUGAACAAGAAGAUGCAGCAGCUCCUCGACCUGGCCAACGAGCGACGCAAAGCCGCCAUCGCCGAGGGCUUGGUUGAGAAAGACGUAUGCGGUUACGACACUAGGCUGGACCUUGUCGGCUGCCCCGAGGAAUUCGGCGUCUUCGUCAGGUCCGCACAGGGUGAGGCCAUCUACAAGAAUAAUAGCCUUGCCACAGGCGGCGGCUGGACGGAUGAGCAGAUCCAGGUGAUGAAAGCAGCCGCCGAAGCCGAGGACGGCAGGGAGUGGUCCCUGGCCACCGCGGGCAUGUGCGACCGCAGGAGGUGUAAGCCACACGCCUCAUGGUACAAUAUCUUCACCAAGAGCACGCGGCACCUUAUCAAAGAGCUGGCGCGCCAGGCCAAGGAGAAGCUCGACGCCGAGACUAGGGUCCGGGAAGCGGCUGCCACGAGGUACUUCAGGCGGAGGAACGAGAGGACCGCCGUGAUGAGACUGGAUGGAAUGACUCUGACAUGAUAUGCAUCACACCAUCUACCAGGCGGGAGAACCCCAGUAGGGCUAACGACAGUAUCGCCGUAUGUGCUAAAUUGCAAUUGGAGAAAUAGACAUCUAUGUCGCUCAGGAGUAUCAAUGCCCCGGAACCGGUCCUCAAAAUUAGGUUGGUCGUUAAUAUAUGGGAAUUCCUACCUCCG